GUUUCUUUCUGCUUAAACUGACGAAUUGCGGUAUCAAUCCGUUUCUUUUUCCUGAGGGAGUGUCAACGUGUGUUCGAAGUGGUCCAGCUAAUUAAUACUAAUCGCAAAAAUAUGCCACGAGAAAUUAAAGAGAUCAAGGACUUUCUGCUGAAAGCCAGGAGAAAGGAUGCUAAGUCUGUAAAAAUCAAGAAGAAUGCAGAAAACGUCAAGUUUAAGGUCCGCUGUUCUCGAUUUUUGUAUACUCUUGUAAUUACAGACAAGGAGAAAGCUGAGAAACUCAAGCAGUCCUUGCCACCAGGUUUGCAAGUAAAAGAAGUAAAGAGGAGCGAACGUGUAUAAAAUGACUUAAUAAACCAUCUUUUAAA